GAUAAACAACUGUUGCGGUUCGAGCGCGUUUUUACUGACGUUUUCCGUACUGAUAAAGAAAGAUACGGAUAUUCAUACACAUGGGCAGAAAAAUAUAAGCGUUAGCGAGGAACUUCUGCGUUUUGUUUUUUUUUCCUAUUAGCCAGAAAGGCGCGUCAGGUAGGCCUCCUUAUGGAGAAAUUUGCAGACAUGGAUGCAAAUCAGGAUUUGGAUUGUGAUGAUCUCCUCGAGUUGAAUCAGUUCGACGGGCUGCCUUUUUCCUCUCGAUAUUACAAACUGCUGAGGGAGAGAAAAGCACUUUCAGUUUGGGGAGCCAAGUGUGAGUUCAUGGACUCUAUUAUCAACAACCAGCUCGUCAUUGUCAGUGGCACAGCUAAAACUGGACAAAGUACUCAGAUUCCUCAGUGGUGUGCAGAGUUUUGCCUCUCUGUGCAGUACCAGAACGGCAUGGUGGUCUGCACUCAGAUACACCGACAGAGCACAGUGGAGCUGGCCCUGCGCGUGGCCGACGAGAUGGACGUGAACAUUGGUCAUGAAGUGGGGUACAGCAUCCCCCUUCAGACCUGCUGCUCCACUGACACUGUGCUUAGGUACUGCACUGAUGAUGUGUUGCUUCGUGAGAUGAUGUCAGACCCUCUGCUAGAGCAGUACGGUGUGGUGGUGAUUGAUCAGGCUCAGGAGCGCACUGUCAGCACGGACCUCCUACUGGGCCUGCUCAAAGACGUACUUCUCUCACGGCCUGAACUUCGUCUGGUCAUCAUCACUGCCCCACACUCCUCCGACAAGCUGCUGCGCCACUACGGAAACGUUCCCCUGAUCCAGCUAGAAGCAAUGUGGCCAUCUGAGGUGGUGUAUGGCACUGAAAGAGGAGGUGUGAAGGAUUAUCUAUGUUCCACACUUCGACUGGCUAUGGAGAUCCACCAGACUCAAGACCAAGGAAACAUUGUCGCAUUUCUGGCUACUGAGCAAGAGAUUGAAUGCGCUUAUGCCAUCUUGCGGAGGGAAGGGGCCAGUCUGGCUUCUUCAUUAGGUGAGCUAGUUCCCGUGUCCCUCUGUCCAGAGCAAGGAGACAGCCUACCUACGCCCACUGAGGAGGACAGCAGGUGCAGGAGAGUUUUUCUCACCUGCGGCCCCACUGAAAACUUGUUCUGGGCCCUCCAUAGCAUUCGCUUCAUCAUCGAUGCUGGAGUACAAAAGAGAUAUGUGUACAACCCUCGAGUCAGAGCCAACUCCAUUGUCAUUCGUCCAAUCAGCAAGAGCCAAGCAGAGAGCCGCAAACAGCUGGUUGAACCUACAGGGAAGUGUUUUUGUUUGUAUCCGGAGGCCACAUCCCUUCCUGCUGAAAGUGUUCCUCACAUCCUGGAGUCUGACAUCACUUCCACUGUGCUUUUCCUUAAGAGGAUGGAGAUUGCUGGCCUCGGCCACUGUGACUUCAUCGAUAGGCCAGAUCCUGAGGGUCUCAUGCAGGCUUUAGAAGAACUGGACUACCUAGCAGCUCUGGAUGAUGAUGGAAAUCUGUCAGAGAUUGGGAUAAUAAUGUCUGAAUUUCCUCUGGAGCCUCAGAUGGCUAAGACUCUGCUGGCAUCCUGCGAGUUUGACUGUGUGAAUGAGGUGUUGACCGUUGUUGCCAUGUUAACAGCUCCAAGCUGUUUCCUGGCCCCUCCUGUGGAGUUCAAACAGGAGGCUUUGGAGUGCCAUCAGAGCUUCCAUCAUGCUGAGGGUGACCACUUUACCCUCAUCAACGUUUACAACGCCUACAAACACAGCCAGUACAGCUCAUAUUCCAGCAUAGAGCGCUGGUGUGGUGAUCAUUUCCUCAGUCUGACUGCUCUACAAACAGCUGAUGCAGUUCGAGCAGAGCUUAUUGAGAUCCUGAAACGGAUAGAGCUACCAGUAUCCUCACCAGCUUUUGGCUCCAAGACCAACACGCUAAACAUCAGACGAGCCCUGCUGGCUGGCUUCUUCAUGCAGGUCGCCAGGGACAUUGAUGGGACAGGGAAUUACUUCAUGCUUACCCACAAGCAUGUGGCUCAGAUCCACCCUCUUUCUGGAUAUGGAACCGAGCCCCCCAAGCUGAAGCUUCCAGAGUGGGUUCUUUACCACGAGCACAUGCUGUCUGAGAAUAACUGCAUUAGAACAGUCACAGAGAUUUCAGCACAUGAGUUCAUCCAGAUGGCUCCUCAGUAUUUCUUCUACAACCUGCCCCCUAGUGAGAGCAAGGAGAUACUGCAGCACAUCAUAGAGCACGGCUCAGCUACUCCAUGUAAGGGCAAGAGAAAGCCCCAGACCCUAAGCAACAGCCCCAGCGAAGAGCAGUCCUAUGAACGUUGUGUCAUUCAGUAACUAUGAAAAACUGUCAUGUCAUGCAGCAACCUUUACAUGUCAGGCCUGUUACCAAGAAAAUGUAGAGAAGUCUCUACUAAAAGAUUCAAAACAUGCUAAAUGAUGC